CGAUCUAUGAACGUAUUCCAGCUAGAUCAGAAGCACGAGCUUUAUAAAUUCAAUAACAAUCUACAAUCUCUACCAAGGACUCACAUAAAUCAUCUCAAAAUAUCUCUCCUCCGUCUACGCUCUUUUUAUCUCUAUUUAUUAGAUGAUGUAGAUUACAGCACACUCGAGGAUGCGAUAACGACAGUCAGACAUUGGGAGCUCAGUGUCGGUAUCCCAGCAGUCGAUUUUAACUUCAGUGAUAAGAAAUAUACCUCUAAGUCUCUAAAUGCUCAUUUGGAACUCUUGGAUGAGAUACAGAUACUCGUAGACAAUUAUAGCAACAUUCAUAGCGUCAGUAUACCUGCAUUCAACCGUACACGCUCGAAUGGCAACACCACUGGCAGUUCUACCGGCACGACUAACAAUCGUACGAGUACGACAAACAACUCUAACAGCGCAUCACAAGCAGCGCAAACAGCUCAACAGCAGCGUAACGAUAGCUAUGUCGUUAUUAACCUCAGUACAAUUAUUCCUUUGAUACUCCCACUCCUGUUUCUCGUAUUGAAAUGCUUCCUUAUGCUGUAUAUAUUUUGUAGACAUGGAACUUGGCCAAGGAAGUUGAUCCUUGCUACAUUGACUAUCGGUUAUUCAAUAUGGGAAGCCACAAGGUUUGUGCAUAUACGUAGACACACUAUUAGCCCUCAGGCUCAACGACAAGAGAAUAAUAAUAAUAACAAUAAUGGAGUAAACCAAGAAAAUCAAGCAAAUCAAGCAAAUAAUGAAAACGCCUACGAUGCGCUCAACCGGGCAGCUCAGAUGGCACUUAACAAUCCAUCAAAUCAUAUACAAACUAUUUCCCUCAAUCCUUUUGAAAGGCUUCUGGAUUACUUAGCUCAUAUGAAUCUAGAAUAUGAAGCUAGACGAUUGAGAAUACCUGGACCAGUCGCAUCCUCGCAGCCAUUACCACCCUUACCUCAAACGAGAUCUGGUCAUGGGUCACGUCCUCAAAGACAGCCAUUGUGGUAUACGAGAAUCGUCAUACCAGUUUCUAUUUGCAUACUCACUCUCGUUCCAGAGAUCGAGAGGAGAAGAUCUCGAGCGCUCAAAUGGCGCUACAACGCAUUCAAAAAUAUAAAAGCAACUGAGCGUGAAAGAAGAGAACGUGAACGUGUAAAUGGAGAUGAGAAUGGCGGUCUGAGAUCACCCCAGAUGAGCACUUCACCAGUUACUGCCGAUAAUGAAGAUGAAAGGGUGGCCGAAGACACUCAAGUUGAUCAUUGGGAGGAAUGAUUAGUAUUUUUUUUUAUAAUAUACAAUUUAUGUCAUUAUGAGCAAGGAAGUCACGUACUUCAUUUACUUCUGGUAUGGCCUCCAUUGCACCUGAUUUCGUUACUGCGAGUGCGGCUGCCUGUGUUUUGUCAGAAUAAACAAUAUAGUAACAUUCACUAACCCCCAUAGCAUUUCUCAAUGCUAAUUCCAUCGUUGAUGUAUCGACAGUUUGCAUUUUCAUACGACAUGCCGUAAAGUAACCAGCAAAAGUGUCGCCUGCGCCAGUGCUAUCGAUAGCAUUCACUUUGAUAGUUGGAAGUUCGUAAUUCGUUGGAAUACCCUCUAUUUUUAUGCGUGCAAUUAGACCAUUUUCACCGAGAGUGAUUAUCAAACCCUCUAAAGAACCAGUUGAUGGGUUGCUCAUGAGUUUAUCCAAUAGCUCCGCCGAGCUGAGCGAUGUAGGAUCUUCACCGAAUGCCUUCAGUAGGUCAGCUGCUUCACCUGCAUUGAUGAUAAGGUAAGACAAACUCGACCAAGGGAAAUUUCGCAAUUGAGUAGCAUUUGGCAUUGGUGAUGGGUUGUAUAUGGUUUUCAAGCCCUGUGAAUGUGCGUCAAUCAGUGUUGAUGUUGUCUCACUAUGUACAAUUUCCUCUUGAAGUAGCAAAAACUGGUAUUUUGAUAGUGGGAGUGCAUCAGAAUAAGACAGCAUAUUUGUACCGCCAAACAACACAAUAGAGUUUUCACCUUCGCUGCUGAUCUGUAUCGUUGCUCUACCGGAUGGUAGACUAUUGUUGGUUUUGAGAAGGGAAGUAUCAACAUUGAAAGAUUGUAGGAGAGUUCUUAUCCACUCGCCGUCUUCACCUAUUUGUCCAGCGAGGGAUACAGCAGCUGAUGCCUUGGCUAAUGCGACAGCCUGGUUCGCACCCUUGCCGCCUGCUUUCUUUGUUAUUUUAGUAGAGGCUAAUGUCUCGCCUGGUCUGACUAUAUGUGGUACGCUAAAGAAUUCGUCGACGUUGAUGCUGCCGAAUACUAAUGCCAUC